UAACUAUCUUCAUUAAGCAAAAAAAAUAUGGGAGAGAACAUAAGUAAAAGUUCAUUAUUAUCUCCUAUAUAUAAAGAACACUCCUAAAUUUACAUAAGCAAAAGUCAAAAGCAAUACAAAUUUAAUAGAUAAAAUAAAACUAGAACAAUCAAAGAUAGAGGAGCAACUAGCAAUUGAAUAUAUUAAUGAAGCACUUAAUUUAAACAUUUCUCUAGGAGAAUUACAGCAAAAAUUAAAAGAUGGGGUUAUUUUAUGCAAUCUUGUAAAUUAUAUUUGUCCUGGUACAAUAAAGAUGGUUGGUCAAAAAAAGGAUUUAUCAUUUAUUCAGAUUGAUAAUAUUUCUCGAUUUUUACAAGGAGCUAAACAGCUUGGAAUACCAAAUGAACAAUUAUUUCAACCAGAUGAUUUAUAUAAUGGAAAGGAUAUGUCUUCAGUUAUCCAUACAAUAUUAACAUUGGCUGAGAAAACUACAUCCUUAAAUAAGGAGAAAAGUAGCAAAGAUAAACAGGAUAUUAAGAUUGAUAAACAUGUUGACACUACUAUACAGCUUCCACAGUAUAGACAUAUAAAAGAUAUAUUUACAGAGGAUUCUUCACAGAAGCAGCAAGCUUCUAAUAAAAAAUCACUUCAAGUAAAUACAAAUAUGACACAACAUUCUUUAUUAACAAAAGCUCGUCCAUUAAAGUCACCUUUAAGACAAACAUCAAUUCAAUCUUUUAUUAUUCAAAAAAGAUCUUCUGAUAUCACUUUAUCAGAUGAAUCAAAUCUUUCGUCAUCUACUUCAUCGAUUUGUUCAUCUCCUACAGUACCAAAGACACCUAUAAGUCCUCUUAUUUUAUUGUCAGAAAGAAAAUUAGUAUAUCAAGAAAAUAAUUUACCAACUGGCAUGAUUGAUUCCUUUGAAGGUCUAAAAGAAAAUACUGAAAAGAAAAACUGUAAUAAAGUCAUAUUAAAAGAUGGUCAAGGAAAUUAUAUUACAACCUAUCAACUCGGAAACUGUAUAGGAAAAGGUCAAUUUGGGUCUGUUUACAGAGCACUUGAUUUAUAUAAUGGAGAAGUUGUAGCAAUUAAACAAAUUAAAUUACAAGAUGAAAAUCUUUAUAAAGAAAUUAUGAAAGAAGUCAAUAUAUUGAGGACUUUAAGUCAUUCUAACGUCGUAAAAUAUAUCGGAUUUAUUCCAACUCAAGAUUACUUAAAUAUAGUAUUAGAAUAUAUAGAGAAUGGCUCACUUUUGGCAACUCUAAAGGCUUUUGGCGCAUUUCCAGAAAAACUUGUAGCAUCUUUUUGUAUAAAGAUCUUGAAGGGACUCGAAUAUCUUCAUGAAAAUCAAGUUGUCCAUUGUGAUCUUAAGGCUGCUAACAUCUUGACAACAAAAACUGGGGAUGUUAAAUUAACUGAUUUUGGUGUUUCUCUUAAUCUUAAAGCUGUAGUAAAUACAAAUACAAUUUCGGGGACCCCGAACUGGAUGGCUCCUGAAGUGAUUGAAUUGAAAGGUGCAACUACAAAAUCAGAUAUUUGGUCAUUAGGUUGUACUUUAAUUGAACUAGUAACUGGUAAACCGCCUUACAAUGAUUUGUUGGCUAUGUCAGUGAUGUUUCGUAUUGUCGAAGAUGAUUAUCCUCCUUUACCUGAAAAUAUAUCAAAGGAAAUGGAAGAUUUUCUUUUAUGUUGCUUUCAAAAGAAUCCAAAUAAGAGAUCUUCAAGUAAAGAAUUGCAACAACAUGAAUGGAUCAUAAAGAAUCAACAAAAGAGAAGCCAAAAAAAAAAAACAUUAUCAAAAGUAAAUAAUACAAUAAAAGAGAUCUCAUCACAUACUGAAAGACAAUAUUAUUCAUUAAAUGCUCAUUCAACAUCAUUCAUGGAUGAUAAUAAUAGUCAUCAAUUUAUUAAAACUUCUUUUGGAAAAGAAGUCGAAUGUAAAGUUUGUAAUGAAAUAAUGGUUCAUGAUUCAAUAUUCUGCGAAGUAUGCUCACUUUUAUGUCACAAGGAAUGUAAAAAGUUAGCAUUUUCAUGUCCUCCUAAAGUAAAUGAUCAACAGCCUUCUUAUGAUUGGGUAUUUUCAGCAAAAAUAUAUAAUAAUCGUAGUUACAGUAGUGAAAGAUAUACAAGAAAGCAUAUUCCUCAAGAAUUUAAAAAAAAUUAUACAACUGGUAACACAUUAAAUAAUCGUUCACAUGUUGAUAAUAUUAGAAAAUUUUCUCGUGCAUUAGGCUUAACUGUACAAGAACAGCUAGCUUUAUCUCAAAAUACUGCUUUACUUGAUCAUACGUUAAAUAUCGAAAAAUCAAUAAAUCCUUGCCAUCAAACAACUGAGAAAAAAAAAGGUCAAGAUGAACAAUGUAGUAUCAUGUAA